AAUUUGAACAGUAUGUUCUAGACAUCAGUCAGCUUUGUUCUUAGUUUGUUGAUUUGAAUCAACCCAACCAACUCAUUAUGAGCUGAGCUGUGUAACACUUAAUAACUCUAAGAAAACGAGCAAAAGCGCUAACUGGUGUAUUUCCUCAUCUAUACAUUAGUAUAUACUCGCAUCGGGACCAAUAAAAAUAUUAACAAGGCGUGUGCCCAACUCUCCCGCUCAUGCUAGCUUGAUCUCAUGGAUGAGAUCGAUUUGAUAGAAGACGGAACGAGUGUAAAAUAGCGGGACAAAACCGUCGAUUGGGAAGUAAUACGACUACAGUUUGCAUCAAAGUCAAUGUCUCCAAACACAAAAAAAAACUAUAUAUAAAGAAGAUACCGAAAAGAUUGAAGGAAACUUUCACGGAAUAAUCAAAUCAGCUACUCAAUAAAAAAAAGGGGGGGGGGGGAAGAAUUCAGCUGCUACAAGAUAAAAAAUUGCAAAAGAGGGCCGACGAAAAUAGAUCAUAUUUCACCAACCCUCAAUGAGUGGAAUCGCCAAACUCUACCACUCAUAAGCAUGUCUCCUUUUCCACCACCUCUCCACUACUCUUCAACCUCCAUUUAUAUACGACACGCUUUUCUCUGUGUCUCUCGCACUCACACACAUAGAAGAGAGAAGGAUGGGUGAAUUGUCAAAGGCGAAGCUCCACAUAGCGAUGUACCCAUGGGUAGCCAUAGGGCACAUCACACCUUUCAUCCACCUGGCCAACGAGCUCGCCUCGAGAGGCCACUCUAUCUCCAUUCUCCUCCCCAACAAGGCUCUCCUCCAGCUCGGCCACCACAGUCUCCACCCCGACCUCAUCAAAUUCCACGUCAUCACCAUCCCCCACGUCCACGGCCUCCCCGCGGGCGCCGAGACCGCCUCCGACAUCGACAUCACCGAGAAGGACCCGCUGGCCAUCGCCUUCGACUCCACCGCCGCUCAGGUGGAGGCCCUCCUGCUCUCCCUCAACCCCGACCUCGUCUUCUACGACUUCGCCGACUGGAUCCCCGCCCUCGCCGCCAGGGUCGGCUGCAAGACCGUUUGCUACAACGUCAUCUGCGCCUCCUGCAUGGCCAUCGGCAUCGUUCCGGCGCGGCGCAUUCCCAGAGACAGGCCGAUGACGGAGGAUGAGCUGGUGCAGCCGCCGGAGGGCUACCCUUCCUCCACGGUGGUGCUCCGCGGCCAGGAAGCGCUCACGCUGUCGUUCAUCGCCAUGGACUACGGCGCCUCCAGGUUCGACACGCGGAUAACCGCCGCCAUGAGCAGCUGCGACGCCAUCGGCAUCCGCACCUGCCGCGAGCUCGAGGGGCCCAUGUGCGACUACCUGUCGGAGCAGUACAAGAAGCCGGUCAUCCUGAGCGGGCCGGUGCUGCCUGCGGCGGCACAGGGGCGGCUGGAGGAGAAGUGGGAAACGUGGCUGGGAAAAUUCGCGCCGAAAUCGGUGCUCUACUGCGCCUUCGGGAGCCAGAUGAUUCUGAAGAAGAAGCAGUUUGAGGAGCUGGUGCUGGGAUUCGAGAUGACGGGGUUGCCGUUCUUCGUGGCGGUGUCGAAGCCGCACGGGGCGGAGACGAUGGAGGAGGCGCUGCCGGAGGGGUUCCUGGAGAGGGUGGGGGAGAGGGGGGUGGUGCACGGGGGGUGGGUGCAGCAGACUCAGAUACUGAGCCACCCCUCCGUUGGCUGCUUCGUCAGCCACUGCGGCUUCGGGUCCAUGUGGGAGUCGCUGCUGAGUGACUGCCAGAUAGUGCUCGUGCCGCGCCUGGCGGAUCAGAUCCUCAACACGCGCCUGCUGGCCGGGGACCUCGCGGUGGCGGUGGAGGUGGCGCGUGGGGACAUGGGGUGGUUCUCAAAGGAGGAUUUGUGCGCGGCGGUUAGGUCUGUGAUGGAUGCGGAGAGCGAGGUGGGUAAAUUGGUGAAGCGGAAUCAUGCUAAGUGGAAGGACACUUUUGCUGCCGCGGGUUUUAUGGAUAAUUACAUUGACACUUUCAUCCAACAAUUGUACCAACUCUAGCUUUGUAUUUUUCAUAUACACCAUAAGAUUUGUAAUUGUAUUUUGUGUAAAGGAAAAAUGGAAAAGUGAAGAAAAUUAAAACAUUUCUUCAUUUUGAUUUUACUA